AAAGCGAAACACGACCUCCGACAUGCGGAAGUGAUUCAGGAAGCAGGGCUGAAAGCGAUACAGGAAUACGAUCACUGUAUUUCAGAAGCAAAUUAAUAAAAUAUAACUUGUAACACAGAGCUGUUAUACGAUACACCAUGUCCAGGCAAUCCAACAGAACCACGGACAACAAGAAGAUGAAUUCCGAAUUGUUUACGCUCACAUAUGGAGCCCUGGUCACACAGCUCUGUAAGGAUUAUGAGAAUGAUGAGGAAGUGAACAAGCAGCUUGAUAAAAUGGGUUAUAAUAUUGGAGUACGUCUUAUAGAGGACUUCCUGGCUCGCUCCAGCGUCGGCAGGUGUCACGAUUUCCGAGAAACAGCCGACGUCAUUGCGAAGGUAGCCUUUAAAAUGUAUCUGGGCAUCACGCCCAGUGUGACGAACUGGAGCCCUGCUGGUGACGAAUUCUCCCUCAUCCUGGAGAGCAAUCCGCUGGUGGACUUUGUGGAGCUUCCAGACAACCACAACACACUAAUUUACUCCAACCUACUGUGCGGUGUGCUAAGAGGAGCUCUGGAGAUGGUACAAAUGGCAGUAGAUGUUCGUUUUGUUCAAGAUACUUUGAGAGGAGACAAUGUGACAGAAAUCCGCAUGAAGUUCAUCAAGAGGAUUGAGGAAAAUCUGCCUGCUGGUGAUGAAUGAAACUGCUGCGAUAUUCUGGCUGGAGAAGCCUAAAAGCACUGGCUUAUUGGAUCUGAAAGACUUUGUUCAUUCGGUUUGGUCAGAGCCAAACAUCUACAGUUUAGCCAAAAAAGAGCUGAUCCUUUGUCUGCCAUUUAAGAAGUAAUCAUUCAUUUUUGUUCUUUUCUUUUGGAUAUUUUUUUUUUUUUUUGUGGCAGUUAAUGGACCAUCACAUUUCCAGGGACGUAUUUGGUCUGUGAUUUAACUGGGAAACAAAAAAAGAAUCCCUUAAACACCUCCUUAAACA